GUGUGGCUGUACAGCACGACAGAGUGGGAAAAAGGGAAAUAGCGAAAGCUCACUAUGAUAACAAAAAAACUAUUGCUUCAUUAAUGGCAUUGCCAUUCUGGUAAUGUUUCUUAUUCGUAGAAUGUAUGCUGCGUUUUUAACUGGCCGUUCAGCUAACAUUUUGACAUAAUAUUUUAAACGUAAAUGUUGCAACGCGGUUAUAAGUCCUAACGAAAGUGUUAUUUUAGCACGAAAAGUUCAAACACAAUAAUAUCACUAAUCACCCCAAAUAAAGAAACUGAAUUUUCGAAGGUUUCAUGUAAUUCACCACCAGCAGGGCUAAAUAAAUUCCUGUUGCUGGUGUCAGGUUAUUUGCAUAUGGACUUCCGCCCGACACAGACCGGGUUUGCAUCAGGCAAGAGGAGUCUGAUGAAGAUAUGGCACACUGGAGGCAUAACAUCUUGACAUAAAGUUUUCUGUUCAAGUGUGGAGAAGUUUUGGACGAGGGAGUUAAGACUUUUUAUAUGAUUUUAAAACUGUGGACGCGUUUUGCAGAGCAAAUACAUGUUUUCCUGUGUUUUUCGUAGAGGAUUCGGCAUGACCCUUCUAUCUACAGAGAAGACGGAUCUGCACCAACUGCGUGUUCAAUAUGUUAACACCACGGAAACUCAUAUAUCUGGAGAUACCAUGAAUAUCAGGCCUUAAUUAAAUCAUAAGGAUUACUGUUACAUUUUGAAUAUACAGGACAGGAUCUGUCAGCGCAUUGACAGCACGUAUUUUCUGCUUUGUUACCCUACAGACUGUACAAGAUGUUCGCUACUUUUUAUUUUUGUUUUAAUUUGAAGAUGCAAGUCUGCAUUAGCAUUACUUCUGUGUAUUUAUUUUGAUGUUUUGUUACUUUUUUUCGAGGUAUUCGUUGUACCACGAUAUAAACAGCACUGGGAUAUUUUCACUUUGGCUGGAGUUUUUAUGUUUUCACUUGCCUUUCUUUUUAGUAAACGUUCCAUUUUAACGACAUAUGCUUUUUACAUAGUACAUUUUCUUAACAUCUCUUUAUUGUGAUAUAGAUGGUCUUUUUUUAUUAUAUAUCAGACACAUGAUCAUUUAAAAAGUGGUAUAAAGUAUACACGCUGUGGAUUUCGUUCUUUUCUGUACUGGAUUGAUUCCCACUUUCUAUUCAAACCGCAAUCGAUCACAUUGUUUCUGAAGCCUGCGAAUAAGUCGUUGAUACAUUUUUUUUUUCGCAGAAAGGGAUUGAAAGGCUCUUUCUGUUAGCGAUGAUUUUCUUCACUCAGCCUAUACUAACUGUGGUGCUACAUGGAUUCCUCGUUUCUGCAGUAUUCGGAUCGGAGGUUUAUUCUAACAACCAGGCAAAACGAGCCACGUCUGACAAUACAGCCUUUCCUACAGAUCCUUGCCUCAUUGUGACACCACCAUGCAUCAGUGAAGCAGACAGGCUGAGUUUAGAAGCGCUACGCCAAAUCCACAAGCAACUUGAUGAUGACAAUGAUGGUGGGAUUGAAGUAGAUGAAAGUGUUGAGUUCAUUAUUGAAGAUAUGAAACAGCAACAAACCAACAAACACAGUAACUUACACAGGGAAGAUCAGCACAUCACCAUCGAGGAAUUGUGGAAAUGCUGGAAAUCUUCAGAAGUACACAACUGGACAUUGGAAGACACAGUGCAGUGGGUGGUUGACUUCGUUGAGCUGCCUCAGUACGAGAUGAAUUUUAGAGAUUAUAAAGUCAAUGGUAACACCCUGCCACGGAUCGCUGCUAAUGAACCUGCGUUUAUGACGUCCCAGUUGAAAAUCGUGGAUCAGCGCCACAAGCAGAAACUAAAUCUCAAGGCCCUGGAUGCUGUGUUAUUUGGACCCCCUCUUCGUCCUCACCACAACUGGCUGAAGGAUUUUGUCCUGAUGAUUUCUAUUAUUAUUGGCGUUGGAGGCUGCUGGUUUGCUUACGUUCAAAAUAAAUCCUCCAAGGAACACAUUUCAAAAAUGAUGAAAGAUUUAGAAAGCCUCCAAAGCGCAGAGCAGAGCCUUCAAGAGCUACAGGAACGACUUGAAAAAGCCCAGGAAGAGAACCGAACCGUUGCUGUGGAGAAGCAAAAUCUAGAGCAAAAGAUGAAAGAUGAGAUUAGCGAUGCCAAGAGGGAAGCGCAUCGUUUGCGAGUGCUGCGGGAGGGGGCAGAGUGCGAGCUGAGUCGGCUCAAGUAUGCAGAAGAGGAGCUGGUUCAGGUCCGCAUGGCACUGAAGAAGGCAGAGUUUGAAAUGCAUGGGAAUUGGUCAGUUCCUGAGGCUUUGCAGAAGUGGCUGCAGAUGACGCAUGAGGUGGAGGUGCAAUACUAUAAUAUCAAGAAACAGAAUGCUGAGCUGCAGUUAGCCAUCGCCAAGGAGGAGGCAGAGAAGAUCAAAAAGAAGAGGAGCUCUGUCUUUGGCACACUACAUGUUGCCCACAGCUCCUCUCUGGAUGAGGUUGACCACAAAAUUCUUGAAGCAAAGAAAGCGUUGUCUGAAGUAACAGCUUGCUUGCGUGAGCGCCUCCACCGCUGGCAGCAGAUUGAGAAGAUCUGUGGCUUUCCUGUAGUUCACAACUCGGGGCUACCCACCCUGACAGCCACGCUCUACUCAGAACCCAGCUGGGUAGUCAUGCCAAGAGUGUCCGUCCCUCCAUAUCCUAUUGCUGGUGGAGUCGAUGACUUAGACGAAGAUACUCCUCCAAUCAUUCCACAGUUUCCCUCUCCACUAAUGAAGGUGGGAUCAUUAGCAAGAAGCAGUAGUCAGUGCCGCUCCCGAUGCAGUGUAAAGAGCUCACCUCCACAGCCCCAGCCUACCCUGCUUUCCCCAGAUCCGGAUCUUCUGUCAAUGGCUGGCUGUCCUCCAACUUACCGUACAGAGGAGGAAGAGGAUGCUAUCUAUUUUAAUGCAGAGAAAAAAUGGGACUUGCAGGAUACAUGGUCAGAUUGUGAUUCUUUGAACUCUUCUAUAGGAAGAAAACAGUUUGCAAGCACAGAAGUACAGGAAGUUCCUUCUCGAAAGACCUCCAGGGAUGAGCUGUUUGAUCAAGAGCUACAUUUUACAGAUUUGCCAACGUCCUUUGAUCAGUCCAAAGGUUCACCUGACAUCGAAUCCAAAAGCAUGGUCUACAGCCCUGCCAGUAAGAUGGUCUACAAUGGCAUCUUGGAGAAGUCCUACAGUAUGGGCCAGCUGUCCAGUGGGCUACCUGUCUCAGAAACCCGCUACCCUUCUCUUACCUCACUGAACAUUGAAGGCAAAGUAGCGAAGGAACAGAAGAUGCACAGUGUGUCUCAGGACUCCUGUGAUGAUGGUGACAAGACGAAGAAGUCAUCCAAGUUAAAAAGCUUCUUUAAAAAGAAAAAGUAAGAACGCUUCAGGAAGGCUGUCAUCAAAGCCAAAAUCUGCCAUUUCAGAUAUUUUAGUGGAAUGUAGCUCUAAUUCAGUGCCCUAGAUUGGAAACCAUUUGGAAUGCCUCUUUAUUCACUGAUAGCCUCAUAGUUAACUAACUUCAGAGGCCAAAGGUCAUGCCAGCCAUCACCUAGACAUUGAUGAAGUGUGGACUGUUUACUGUCACUUUUUGCGGAUUUAUUGUUUUUGGGUUGUUUUUUUUUAGUUAGAAAAAAGUUCUUGUUUACUGAAGCCUUGAGUUAUCUUUGCACAGAGCUAAGAAGUUUCUGUACCUGACUAACUUACCUGCAGUUUGUUGCACUACCACUUUCCAGAUGCAGAAGGUACCUCUGCAGGAAUUAAAUAAUAUAUAUAUAUAUAAUAU